GAAUCAAUUGCAAGUUACUGAAUAUGGAGAGUGAUCAAUCAUCCAACCCCCAAACUGGAAGGACAACUUGGACUCCUCCCAUGGAUAGACUGUUCAUAGGUCUAAUGGAAGACCAAGUACAGAAAGGACAACUACUCGAUGGUCAAUUCAGCAAAUAUGCUUGGACACACUUUGUUGAUAAUUUCAAGCAGAGUUUUGGUUCUUCUUUUACCAAGGAUGUGUUGAAAAAUCGUAUGAAAACUUUGAAGAAGAACUAUGUUGCUGUGAGUACUCUUAGAGGUCAAAGUGGAUUUGGAUGGGAUCAGUCGCGAGAAAUUGUGAUUGCUGAUGAUGCUGUAUGGGAUGAUUAUAUCAAGAAGCAUCCUGAUGUCAAAUGUGGAGGACAAAGACCCUUGCUCACUUUGAUGAAUAACACGCAAUCUCCAGAUACCCCUCAAGAACAGAAUGAGAAUGGAUAUAAAUAUAAGGAUGAGGACUUGCGUACAUCUGACACUCAAAAAAGGGCUCGAGCUUCAACAGGUCUGAAUUCACGUCCUUUUAGAAAGACCAAAAAGAGUACAGGAGAAGGAAUGGUAGAUGCAAUUCAGGUAAUGGCAGCGGCUGUGAACAAUGUUGCGACUAAGAAAAAGAAACCAAAAUUUUCAUCAUCUUUAGAGGCAAGUUUAGUGUCCGCACUCGAGGAUGUACCAAAUUUGGAUGAUGAUACUUUUGUGCAGGCGCUAGAUUUAUUGGAAGAUGAAAAAAAGCUAAGAUUUUCAUUGCAUUGA